AUGUCUGCCGCCACAGUUUUCGACUCGACGCUCUUUGGCAACAUUUUCGGCACAGAGGAGGCCCGUCAGGCCUUCUCGGAACGAUCUUAUGUUGCCAAUCUCAUUAAGGCCGAGUGCGCCCUGGCCGAGGCUGAAGAGGCUGAAGGCAUUGUGCCGGUCUGGACUGUCAGUUUAACUCAUAGUAUUCCAACUUGGCUGAGAUUGGAACUUCAAGCUGGGUACAUUCACUGGGGCGCCACUACGCAAGACAUUAUGGACCUCGCUUCGGUUCUGCAAAUGAAGACUGGCCUCGAGAUCGUCGAGCGCCUUCUGUGCAAAGUCACCUCGACCCUAGAGAGGAUGUCCGCCACCUACAGAGACGUACCCAUGGCCGGCAGGACGCAUCUACAACACGCUCUCCCCAUCACUUUCGGAUACAAAUGCGCAGUCUGGCUGGCUGGUUUCCGCAGACACGUGAAGCGAAUCGAACAGAUCAAAGAAAGCUGCUUGCUGGUCCAAUUUGGCGGUGCUGCUGGUACCCUCGCUUCUCUAGGCACAAGCGACAGCGGCAUCCGUGUGCGUAAGCGCCUCGCAACUAUUCUUGGCCUGCAAGACCCCGUCAUCACGUGGCACGUGGCACGCGAUACUGUUGCUGAGAUCAUCAACUACCUUGCACUGGUUGGCGGUAGCUUGGGCAAGAUUGCGCUCGAUUUGAUCAUCAUGUCAUCAAAUGAGCUGAACGAGGUUGCCGAGCCUUAUGUUCCUCACCGUGGCGCCUCUUCAACCAUGCCCCAAAAGCGCAACCCCAUUUCCAGCGAAGUGAUUCUUGCUCAAUCAAAGAUUCUACGUGCACAAGCUGGCCUUGUACUGGAUGGCAUGGUCUCUGACUUCGAACGAGCCUCCGGCCCGUGGCACCUGGAGUGGGCUGCUAUCCCAACGGCCUUCAUUUCCAUUGUUGGGUCCCUCCACCAAGCCGAGUUUGCCCUAUCAGGGCUGCAGGUCAAUAAAGAUGCCAUGAUGGCGAAUCUCAAGUCAACAAGGGGCUUGAUUGUUGCGGAGGCUGUCAUGAUGGACCUGGCAAAGUACACCGGUCGCCAGGAGGCACACAAUAUUGUUUACAAGGCGUGCGUCAAGGCACAUGAGAACAGCAUGUCACUACAAGAAGCUUUGGAAGAAUCAUCACAGGUGACGUCUCAUCUUGCUUCGCCAGACCUGGCAAAAUUGUGCGAUCCUACAAGAUAUCUGGGAUGCUGUCAGUUGAUGCUGGAUGAGCUGUUAGGACAGGGAGCGGGAUAUGCAAACGGAAACGGAAAGGACCUGAACGGCAGUAAAGGGGUUGCGAAUUGCAAUGGAACUACCAAUGGCAGCCAUUGA